UUUAAUGUGGGCACAUAGAAAAUGAAACCAAGCUCAGCCUGCGAAAUAUGAAAUGGUAACAAUGUUUCCCUAUCCGCAAGAAAGGCUGCUGGUCAUGUGACAUGCAUGUUCGGUGCCUGCCCACAUCCCAGGGGUAGAACUAACAGCACACAUAGCUAUGUGACCUAUAUGUAAUUAAUAAGUGAUUCCUUGACUGCUGCCUAUUAGUUAUCUCAUCCUCCCAGGCACAGAGAGCACAGGUCCCCAGCUGCUGAGGAAUAAGGUUCUCAGGACCUGGAGAGACACAGGAUGGACAAAGUUAUAUCCUGCAUGUACAAAAAACCCAACGCCACUACAAGGUUAAUAUGUUUCCCGUGGGCUGGAGGAGGAUCGAUAUUCUUUGCCAAUUGGGGAAAACUGUUCGAUGAGUCUGUAGAAGUUUACUCAGUAAGGCUAGCAGGAAGAGAAUCACGUAGUCAAGAACCUUUUGCUCAAAACAUGGACCAAAUUGUUGAUGAAGUUUCUCAGAGUUUGUUGCCACACCUGCAGGAAAAAACAUUUGCCUUUUUUGGCCACAGCAUGGGGUCAUUUACCAGCUUUGCCACUGCUUUAAGAUUGAAAGAGAAGUAUGGUCUGGAACCUGUCCAUCUCUUUGUGUCGGGAGUGUCCGCUCCCCAUUCGAAGACACGUUACCCCAUACAACGAAGGUCUGACAUGAGUGAUGAGUAUUUCUUGCACUGGAUGGCAGGCUCAGGAGGGACUCCUGUUGAAGUUUUACAGAACAAAGAAGCUGCCAAACUGUUUAUCCCUCCAUUGAAAGCAGAUAUUCGAGUUCUAGAAUCCUUCAUCUAUGAAAAGCCAGCAGCCCACGUUUUGUCCUGUGGACUGACAUGCUUUGAUGGUGCAAGUGACAAUCCACAUGACUUGGAAGCGUGGAAAGACCUAACAAGUGGAGAUUUCAAUAUUUACAAGCUUCCUGGUGACCAUUUUUAUCUAAAGGAUCCUGCAAAUCAAAAACAGCUUGUGUCACAUGUGACAAAAUAUCUAGAAAAUUUUGAAAUGACUUAUUUGUGAUCCUCAGUGUACAGAUUUUGAAGAAUGGAUGGGUGGAUUUAGCUCCAGGUGGCUAGUUGUUCACAUUUUAAUGAAGUGUUUUUUGUGCAUAUACCUUGUACUUUUCUUCCUGGCAAAAUAUAUUUUUUCUGGAUCGGAGAAAUGACAAUGUUUAUAUUUGUCCAACUGCCUGCCUCUAAGAGGCACUUCCUCAAAACCUUUCUUCAUUUUAAAGUCAUCACACCCAGUAUAUAUGCAGGGAUUACAUUUUCAAAAACUACACUACUAG